CGCAUGCGCACUGGAUCAUUCGUGGCGACAUCGGUUACGGAGAUAAAAAUAAAAACUCGGAGCUGACUUUCAUCGUGUGUUUUGUGUCCGUUAAACCGCGAUGGCCGGCACCGCGCUGAAGAGACUCAUGGCUGAGUAUAAACAACUGACUCUGAACCCACCUGAGGGCAUUGUUGCAGGUCCAGCCAAUGAGGAGAACUUCUUUGAAUGGGAGGCUCUCAUCAUGGGUCCUCAGGACACGUGUUUUGAAGGCGGAGUGUUUCCAGCUGUCCUCAGCUUCCCCUCUGAUUAUCCUCUCAGUCCUCCUAAGAUGAGGUUCACCUGCGACAUGUUUCACCCCAACAUCUAUCCGGACGGCCGGGUGUGUAUCUCCAUCCUUCACGCUCCAGGCGACGAUCCAAUGGGAUACGAGAGCAGCGCGGAGAGGUGGAGUCCAGUCCAGAGUGUGGAGAAGAUCCUGCUGUCUGUCGUCAGCAUGUUAGCAGAGCCGAACGAUGAAAGUGGAGCGAACGUGGACGCCUCUAAAAUGUGGCGGGAGGACAGAGAGCAGUUUUACAAACUCGCCCAGAAGAUCGUACGCAAGUCGUUGGGCCUGUAGAGAUGAUGUCAUCACCCUGCGGCGGCGCCCAGCACUCUGUGUUUGUGUUUAUUCCAGGAACUCCUCUUUUCUCCUCCGCUACCUUUUCACACAUCUGCAGACUGGAUGAAGAUGUGAGCCUCUUCUCGUCACCAUGGAAACCAAUAAAACACACACACACACACACACACACACACACACACACACAGAGUGCUGCUGAGACGGACAGAUCAAUAAACUGAUUAAUGGACGACUGGAGGCCAAACCGAUGUCACAGAUGUUUGGAUCAAUCUGGAAUGCAAACGUUACGUAACUUAAAAUUUACUCGCAGUCAGCAGAAGUAGAAGAAAAAAUGUCUUUGAUUCGUUGAUGUGGUCAUGCUUGCAGUGACAUCAUCAUCGCCGUUGUGGACCGUUUCAAACCGACAGCAGCAGGAAGCAGAGCACUGAGUCAGCCAAUCAAAUGUGUCCAUGCUCACAGACCAGGCGGAGCAACAUUAUUAUUAUUAUUAUUUUUAUUUUUUUUAAUUAUUAUAAUUAUUAUUAUCAUUAUUAUUAUCAUUAUUAUUAUUAUUAUUAUUAGGUUUGUGUGCAGGCUUUAACACUUUGAUGAAAAUCGAUGUCAGCAAUCAAUAGUCAAGGAAGUAAAAACCAGAAUGAAAUGAUGAUUCGUCGAUAAAAUCAAUCAACAUGAAACUGAAAAAACAAAACAAAACUAUCAAUAAAGAAGAAAAGCAGCCGCAGAUGAAGUACUGCUUUUACCCUAAACAAUGAAUAAGUGGAAGAUGACAUUAAGACCAAAUAUGGAAGUUUUAACAGUUGGCCACAGGAAGAGCAGUGAGUCCUUUCAAAAUAAAGGUCUGGUUUAUGUGACAGAGAGGAGCCGAACAGUCAGUCAGAGCAGAUUCAGUAAAGUCUGAGGAUCAUUUAAACCUUCACAGAAUGAAUCUCACUCGUAGCAUUUUGCUAAUUAGCUUCUUAAAGACGGACGAGUGACGUGAGCGUCUCUGACAGACGUGGACGCUGGAGGAAACGCCGCGGUCAUGCUGCGUCAGUUCACGUGUGUUUAGAAAUGAAAGCAGACGGACGGUGAAGCCUGGACUCGUCAGCUGAAGGUCCCGGCUGAUGUUUGCUUUUAGGUCACAUUAGUGUUGACUUUGAACCAGAAAAAUCAGGUCAAAACCGGAUCAAACGAGCUUUUGCUGUGAAAAGCUGUUGAAUUGAAUUGAAGGCGACUUCUCAUGUUGUUCAGACAGGAGACGCGCUGAAAUGUUCCCUUUGGACAGACGUCUCACAGUCCACCACCGUGGAGACACGUUGAUAAUGGAAGGAAAGCAUGGCCUGUGCCUGUAACGCUUCCUGCUGCUGUCGGUCUGAAAUCAUCUGGACUCUGGUGAUAAAUUCAGCUUCAGCAUCAGGUGGAACAGAAGCUCGUCAGCUUCUCUCAGUUGGACUUUAUGCACUUUAUCUCUUCCCGGAGGACGCGUGUCUCCGUCUGUCGUCAGGAGCUGCAGCUGUUCAGAGGAGCUCCAGCUGCUUUUAGGCUUCUUCUUCUUUUUUAAUGGAUUUCGGUGAAGUUCUCGGUUUUUGUUGACGGAUGAUGGAGAGAGAAGCUUUGGUGUGAAGAGUUUUUUAAUUUGUUGCUUUGGAAGUACUUCAUGAGAAUAAACAGAGGGAAGAACGA